AUGGGGCAGUGGGUUACUUACAUGCGCCGGAAGCGCACGGAAGACAUUUCAGUCCAGAGACUCACAGAGGAACUUCGCAAUGCAAAGUACGUUGUGGCGUUGACGGGGGCAGGUGUCUCAGCCGAGAGCGGCAUCCCAACUUUUAGGGACCCUUCAGACGGAUUGUGGCGCAGGUAUGAUCCUGCAGAGUACGCUACGAUUUGGGGGUUUUGGCGGAAUCCAAGCAAGAUUUGGCAGCUGCUGCACGAGUUUCUGAAUGAGCACGAACCAGAACCAAAUCACGCUCAUGUUGCACUGGCGAGACUGGAGGCCCUGGGAAUUGUCCGUUCGAUCAUAACGCAAAACGUUGAUAAUCUUCACCAAGAUGCAGGAAGUCGACGAGUAAUUGAGUUCCACGGUAACCUCAUGAAUGCAUCAUGCUACCGCUGCGGUGCUAAAAUGCAGCUGACUAAGCAGAUGGCCAGGAACCCUUCAUUCAAGAAGAAGCUCCCUCCAAAGUGUGCGUGCGGUGGAUACUUCAAGCCGGACGCGAUCUUAUUUGGCGAGGGCAUUCCCUCGCAGGCCCUGCGAGAAGCAAAUCUGGAGGCGGAUAAGUGUGACCUGAUGCUGGUGGUCGGCACGUCAGCGACUGUGCACCCUGCAUCAGAGAUUCCCUACAGAGCCAUGAGAAGAGGCGCGAAAAUCAUCGAAAUAAAUCUGGAAAAGACAGGGCUGACGAAUCGUAUUUCGGACAUGAUUUAUUUUGGAAGGGCGAGUGAGCUGAUGCAAACUCUGGAAGUACUCGAAGCGCAGCAUUCUAGUCCUGGGGUAGAUGAUACCGCAUUCCAGCUAGCUGCGGGGGCCAUCAGUGAGACGAACUUGCAGUCUGGCUUGCCACGGGAUGAACCACAUCAAAAUGUAGAAUAA